CCGAACUGGGCGUCAGGUCGGGGAGCCGGUCGGGUUCCCGCUCGCCGCCGCCGCCGCCGCCACCGCCCCCCGCAGUGACUCUCCCGCCUCUCCCGCCGCGGGAGCUGCAUCGCUAACUCUGCUCGGCCGCGGAGUCGCUGGUCCGGGAGCACAGAGUUCGGGACGCGACACGCCGAGCCCCCCAUCACCUCUAGCCGGGGCGACCCCUCCCCGGUCCGCCCCGGUCCUACGCGGCCGCCGGAGCCCCCAACCCCGAGAGACCCCACGGUCCGGUGCCCGCAUUCCGGCCCCUGCACUCCCGCAGCCGCCGCCCCCAACCCCGAACAUGGACUCCGACUCCUGCGCCGCCGCCUUCCACCCUGAGGAGUACUCCCCCGGUUACAAGAGGCGCAGGACCGUGGAGGAUUUCAACAAAUUCUGCACCUUUGUUUUGGCCUAUGCUGGCUACAUCCCUUAUCCGAAGGAGGAGCUCCCUUUGAGGAGCAGCCCCAGCCCUGCCAACAGCACCGCAGGCACCAUUGACAGCGAUGGCUGGGAUGCUGGUUUCGCCGACAUCUCGUCCACGGUGCCCUUGCCCGUCUCAGACCGCUGCUUUGGCCACCUGCAGCCCACCCUCCUGCAGCGAGCCAAGCCCAGUAACUUCUUGCUGGACAGAAAGAAGACCGACAAGCUGAAGAAAAAGAAGAAGAGGAAGCGAAGGGACAGCGACGUGCCCGUGAAGGAGGGGUACAUGGGCAGCUUGCUGAAGCUGGAAGCCACCGAUCCAUACGUGGAGACCCCCACGAGUCCCGCCCUGCAGGAUAUUCCCCAGGCCCCCAGCGAUCCCUGCUCGGGCUGGGAUUCCGAUACUCCUUCCAGUGGGUCUUGUGCCGCCGUGUCACCCGAUCAGGUCAAAGAAAUAAAAACUGAAGGCAAACGGACUAUCGUCCGGCAGGGAAAGCAGGUGGUGUUCCGCGACGAGGACAGCACCGGCAAUGACGAGGACAUAAUGGUGGAUUCUGACGAUGACUCGUGGGACCUCGUCACCUGCUUCUGCAUGAAGCCAUUCGCCGGCCGCCCGAUGAUAGAGUGUAACGAGUGCCAUACUUGGAUUCACCUGUCCUGUGCCAAAAUCCGGAAAUCCAAUGUUCCGGAAGUGUUUGUCUGCCAAAAGUGCCGGGACUCCAAGUUCGACAUCCGCCGUUCCAACCGUUCCCGAAUGGGCUCCCGGAAGCUGUUUCUGGACUGACUGCUGGCGAGGGAGGAGACUGUGGGUGAAGAGUCGGAAGGGACGGUGGGCUUUGUGGCCCCUUUCUUAGUUGAGCACAGAACUCUCAGCUCUGGUGCAGGCAGACCCCUGCCAUUCAGGUGCCUAAGCAAAAGGACAGGCUGUCCAAGGUAUAAACUGUACAUAGCCGGUGACUGAAUAAAGUCCUCGUAGGCCACAGCUGCUGCUGGAGCUGUGUUCUCUGCGCUGGCGGUGGGCUGGACACCCCAGCACAGUGGGUUUGGUUCAGCUGAAAAUAAGGGUCCGCGGUAGUUUUGAGUUCUUGCUGUCAUUAACAAACUCCCGCCGACUGGAACAAGUGCUAACUGUUAUUCCUGCUUCCGCUGUGCUGGGGAACAAGUGUUUCCCCAGCCUGGUAAUGAACAGCCAUACGUGCAAAGUUUUUCUCCAGUGUAAGUCUUUUACCAUAGAUGUCUGUACAGCAGCCAUGGGAGCUGCCCCUCCCUCAGCGGCCCGCUCUCCCGGCCCCUCGUGCCGCCUCUGUUCCGGGGCUGCCUGCUGGGCUCCUUGUCACCCCCUGAGAGGAGCAGGGGCGUGAGUGAGCUAGUGACCCCUAGGUUUCCUUCUGUUAGUUAUAAAGGGUAGUGUGUGGCCACCGCUCUGUAGAAAGAAGGUUGGUUGGGGGAUCAAGGUGGCCUGUGUUGAUAACUCGGUUUCCUGUUUUGCACGAUGUAAAAAACCUGUCUUUUUGCACGAUACAGCCAAAAGUAUUGGCAGAUUUUUCCUGGGCACCCUUUCCAUUGGCCAAUGGGAGCCUCUGGGUGCCUAGGCAAGGUGUUUUCAAGCAAGGACACUUAGGGUCCCUCCUCCUCGCUUCCCCUCCCCUUACUCCAGUAGCAGCAUAAAGGUUAGGCCUCACUAGGGAAUGGCGUUCCUGUGUCUGAGGAUGAAGGAAAAGGGGAGGUGGGCCUCCCCUCCCGGCCCGGGGUGAUUCCUAGUGUCCCCUGGUACAGGUUGGCCUGCUGGUUCCACAGGCCAAGGUUAGGACUUGAAGCCUUUUUGGUGUGAGUUGGCGUGUGAGUUGAUAGGGUGACAUGGGCAUCCAGGUCCACCCACUGCAGAGUUGCUCACACCUGGACUGAGGAGACCCCGAGGGCCUGCGGGGCUCUGCUCGCCACUGAGCCCUGGGACGCUGGCAGUUCUGGGGCUCCGAGGGGAGGGCUCCAGCUUUGUCCCGGACGGACAUAGUGUUUUAGCAGUUCAAAUACGUGUUCUCAAAAAAUUUUUUUUUUGUAAGUUGAUGGGUGUGUUUUCAUAAACAUUGUUUCUUGUAAAAGCAUGAAAAGGGAAGAAUGCUCAAGUUGUGGCCGUGUGUGUUUGCAGCCAGACGGAGCCCAGCCCCUGCCGGGCCUCUCCUGGGGCGCCCUGGGCGGGCUAGCGGGUGGGCCCCCACCUCCCAUCGAAGCGCUGGGGACUGAGCUGUGGCUGGCUAACGGGAGCCCGUAUUUUGUCCUAGUAUCAUUUACGCCUGACCAGCCGUCUGCCCUUUUUUUUUUUUUUUUAAAUUCUGUUGCUUUUAUUAACACAAAAAUAGACAUAGUUUCUGAAACCCAGUUUAUUGUAAAGAUCCCCAAAGGAGAAGUACUGUAGAAAGGAAUAGUAAGAAGCUGGAUCAGAAACAAGCUUGUCCUCAGACAGCUGUCUGAGGCUCUGACUAGGGCGACCAUGCAGAAGCUGGGAGAGGAAUUUGCCAAAGAUCUGCCCCAGGACAUCAUCGCCUGUCCAGUGUCUUCACCAUGAGAAUAGCCAAAGUUCCAAAGUGUUUUUCUUGUGGGUUUUUUUUUUUUUUUUUUAACUCCGGUUUUAAAAGUGCAUUUAAGAGUAUGUGUGAUUUUAUGGUGGAACGGCCAACUCUUGGCGAUUACUACUUGCUCUUAGAAGGCUCAAUGCCUGGUGACUUCUGGAAGGCUUUGAUAGUCAUC